CCAUGGCGAAGCUCCUGCUGCUGACCCUGCUGGGGGCCAGCCUCGCCUUCGUCGGGGAGAGGUUGCUGGCGUUUAGAAACAGCUUUGGUGCAGUUCAAGAACUGGAGCCAGUAGAACCCCAGAACUGUGUCCUUAUUGAGGGACUCGAAAAUGGCUCGGAAGAUAUUGAUAUACUUCCUAGUGGGCUGGCUUUUAUCUCCAGUGGAUUAAAAUAUCCAGGCAUGCCAAACUUUGCACCAGAUGAGCCAGGAAAAAUCUUCUUGAUAGAUAUGAAUGAGAAGAACCCAAGAGCACAAGAGCUGGAAAUCAGCAAUGGAUUUGAAAAAGAAUCAUUCAAUCCACAUGGGAUCAGCACUUUCAUUGAUAAAGACCAUACUGUGUAUCUUUAUGUUGUGAAUCAUCCCCACAUGAAGUCUACUGUGGAGAUAUUUAAAUUUGAGGAACAACAACGCUCUCUUGUACACCUGAAAACUAUAAAACAUGAACUUCUCAAGAGUGUGAAUAACAUUGUGGUUCUUGGACCGGAACAGUUCUACGCCACCAGAGACCACUAUUUUACCAACUAUGUCUUAGCACUUCUUGAGAUGUUUUUGGAUCUUCACUGGACUUCCGUUCUUUUCUACAGCCCCAAAGAGGUCAAAGUGGUGGCCAAAGGAUUCAGUUCUGCCAAUGGGAUCACAGUCUCACUAGAUAAGAAGUAUGUCUAUGUUGCUGAUGCCACAGCUAAGAAUGUGCAUGUAAUGGAAAAACAUGACAACUGGGAUUUAACUGAACUGAAGGUAAUACACUUGGACACCUUAGUGGAUAAUUUGUCUGUUGAUCCUGCCACGGGAGAUAUCUUGGCAGGAUGCCAUCCUAAUGGCAUGAAGCUUCUGAACUAUAACCCUGAGGAUCCUCCAGGAUCAGAAGUACUUCGUAUCCAGAAUGUUUUGUCUGAGAAGCCCAGGGUGAGCACCGUGUACACCAAUGACGGCUCUGUGCUUCAGGGCUCCACCGUGGCUUCUGUGUACCAAGGGAAGAUUCUCAUAGGCACUAUAUUUCACAAAACUCUGUAUUGUGUGCUCUAGUCUCCAGCUC